AUGUCGAAUAGCAAUGGGUCCGGUAAUCUGUGGAGCAAAGUGAAGUCAGGAACGAAAUCGUUAUCCUCAUCCAUUCAACAUCUAGCAGUAAAAACUGAACAUGAUGGCGAUACACCAAAUUCAACGUUGGUACACAAAGCUCUAGUGAAGUAUUACUCUAGCCAGGAACCGUUCCAAGGGUUCCCGGCAUGGUUAGGUCAUACUGGAGACAGACCAGAGGAAAAGUUGUCUGGGUCUGUGAAGCAAAAGAUCACUGGACCGUUCUCUUCUUCUAAUAGGCAUAGUAGUGGUGCAGAAAAGGUUUCACAAUCAGAAAUACCUGUUUCAAUAGAGGAAUCCAGGUCCGUACCUCAAAGAAGGACUCCCGGGUCUUCUGCUUUCAGAGGUCUCGUAUCUUCUUCAAAUUCGAAUGUGACGUCGCAGGCGUCGUCCACAUUAUCAAAUACGUCUCAUAAUUUCAUGAGCGAGCCUUCAUCAGGUACCGCACCAAGGCCUACAGUGUCUACUCAAUCGAGCAAGUACGAUUCUGUUUCAUCUAGACUAAUGCAGAGCAGACUUCGCAUGAAUAGAAUCAAUUCCAGUUCCAACUUGGAUGCUUAA